GAGAGGCUAUGAAAAGGGAGACUUAUAUUACCAAACUAUAACGACAUGACAUCUGUUAGUACUACAGAAAAGGCAGAUGUUUGCUAAGAUACGUUGGAUGUCAUAAAGCAGAACAUGGUGUGACUGCCUAAACGCGAUCUGAAUAUAAAAGAGCAUCUUCGUAAACCUGGACCAGUGAGAACUGAUGCGGUCCUACUGCAACAAUACAUUUCAAGCAAUUGCAGUCUAUCCAUUGCAGAGUACUUUGGCUUGUAUGGAUGCGGACUGACUUCAUUUUUAUUCUUGUCCAAAGAAAAAUAGAAUGCGCUGAUCACCUGAUCCUGUUUGGUGGAGCGGAUCCCUAACAACUGCAGUACAUGGAUUCAAUAGUGAAUUAUUGAUUAACACUGGAAAGUUACACGAACACAGAUUUUCAUUAAAACACAUGAUAAACGAAUGUGUAAACCCUGUCCCAAGCACCGUGAUAUAUUUGUGUUAUUUGGAUGGAUCAAAUUCUCAUCAUCAUCAUCAUCAUCUAAUAAUCAUUUCUCGUGACAAAAAAGAGACACACAAGUGUCUAAAAACUGGAUUAUUUCAACUGUCGUAUUGUUUGUGAAACAAAAAGGAUCUGAUUUAAGAUGUGCGACUGCAUUAUCUGGCAACAGUAUGUUUGUGUGAAACUCAAUACUUGGUAACCGCAUCUUCAGAAGAAAGCAGCGGAUUGUGUCGGCAGCUGCUGUCUGAGAAUUACAGAAUGAACGAAUCCUGCCCUCUGAGAACAUGUGUAUUGUGCUAAUACUAGUGAAAUAAAGAAGCAGAAGACUUUAACAGUUACCAUGGACCUGAGGGAUUUUUACCUGCUGGCUUCUCUGGUUGCCUGCUUGUUGUUAGACCCUGCUAUCACCCAAGAACUGAUUUACCCCAUUAGGGAGGAGUUGCCUGAAAAUGUACUCAUUGGAAACAUACCAAAGGAUUUGAAUAUUUCUCAUAUCAAUGCGGCCACAGGAACAAGUGCUAAUUUGGUCUACAGGCUUGUUUCCAAUACCCCUUUGGUCAGAGUGUCAAGCAGUACAGGAGAAAUAUUUACAACUUCCAACAGAAUCGACAGGGAGAGACUCUGUGGUGGCCCAUCUUAUGAAGAAAAUGAAUGUUCUUUUGAGAUUGAGGUGGUUAUCCUCCCUAAUGACUUUUUUAGGCUCAUCAAGGUUAAAAUUGUAGUCAAGGACAUCAAUGAUAAUGCGCCCAUGUUUCUGUACCCUGUCAUCAAUAUUUCCAUUCCAGAAAACACACUGAUAAAUAGCCGCUUUCCUAUUCCAUCAGCCACGGAUCCGGACAUAGGCUUUAACAGUGUGCAGCACUAUGAACUGGUAAACGGGCAAAGUGCCUUUGGGCUAGACAUUGUAGAGACACCAGAAGGAGAAAAGUGGCCACAACUUAUUGUUCAGCAAAACUUAGACAGAGAGCAGAAAGAUACUUACGUAAUGAAGAUAAAGGUGGAGGAUGGAGGCACCCCUCAAAAGUCAAGCACUGCAAUCCUACAAGUGACAGUAAGUGAUGUAAAUGACAAUAAACCCAUUUUUAAAGCAAGCCAAAUUGAAGUCCAUAUUCCAGAAAACGCACCCGUGGGCACUUCUGUGUUUCAGCUACAGGCCACAGAUGCAGAUGUGGGUUCCAAUGCUGAAAUCAGGUACAUUUUCAGUACCACAGUUUCACCAGCCACUAAAAAGCUCUUUGCAUUAAAUGCUGCCACAGGCCUUAUUACAGUCCAGAGACCUUUAGAUAGAGAGGAAACAGCUGCCCACAAACUGUUAGUACUAGCUAGCGAUGGAGGCUCUAGUCCCGCCAGAGCAACUAUUCUUAUCAAUGUGACUGACGUGAAUGAUAAUCCUCCAAACAUAGACCUGAAGUACAUUAUCAGUCCAAUUAAUGGAACAGUUUACCUGUCUGAGAAAGGUCCUGUCAAUACAAAGAUUGCUUUGAUCACAGUUUCUGAUAAGGACACUGAUGUCAAUGGCAAAGUGAUUUGCUUUAUCGAAAAAGAUGUCCCAUUCCAUCUAAAGGCCGUUUAUGAUAACCAGUAUUUGCUAGAGACCUCUGCCUUAUUGGACUACGAAGGCACCAAAGAAUAUAUCUUUAAAAUUAUAGCUUCUGAUUCUGGCAAACCAAGCUUAAAUCAGACAGCUUUAGUUCGAGUUAAGCUGGAAGAUGAAAAUGACAACCCUCCCAUUUUCAGCCAGCCAGUAAUUGAGUUAUCCGUUCUCGAAAACAAUGUACGAGGUCUGUACCUCACGACUAUUAGUGCCACAGAUGUUGACAGUGGGAAGAAUGCCGAAAUUGUUUAUCAGCUUGGACCGAAUGCCUCCUUCUUCGAUUUGGAUCGCAAAACAGGGGUUUUAACAGCAUCCAGAGUCUUUGACAGAGAGGAGCAAGAGCGUUUUCUUUUUACAGUCACUGCCAGAGAUAAUGGGACCCCUCCACUACAGAGCCAGGCAGCUGUUAUUGUAACUGUACUGGAUGAAAAUGACAAUAGUCCUAAGUUUACUCAUAAUCACUUUCAGUUUUUUGUGUCAGAGAACUUGUCAAAGUACAGCACAGUAGGAGUGAUCACUGUAACAGAUUCAGAUGCCGGGGUGAAUGCUGAUGUGACUCUUUCCAUUCUUAAUGACAAUGAGAACUUCAUAUUAGACCCCUUCUCUGGAGUUAUAAAGUCCAAUAUUUCCUUUGACAGAGAACUGCAAAGCUCAUAUACAUUUGAUGUCAAGGCCGUUGAUGGAGGUCGACCCAUUCGUUCGUCUGCUGCUAAAGUGACUAUCAAUAUCAUAGAUGUCAAUGAUAACAGCCCUAUUGUCAUUUAUCCACCCUCAAAUACUUCAUUUAAAUUGGUACCUCUUUCUGCCAUCCCUGGAUCUGUUGUGGCAGAGGUCUUUGCUAUGGAUGUUGACACUGGAAUGAACGCUGAACUUAAAUAUACCAUUGUUAGUGGAAAUAACAAGGGAUUGUUUAGAAUAGAUCCUGUGACUGGUAAUAUUACCCUUGAGGAAAAGCCAAUUACUACUGAUGUGGGGCUUCAUCGAUUAGUGGUCAACAUAAGUGAUCUGGGUUACCCCAAGUCUUUGCACACCCUUGUUCUUGUAUUUCUCUAUGUAAAUGAUACUGUUGGCAAUGCCACCUAUAUUUAUGACAUGAUACGCAGAACUAUGGAAACACCCUUGGAUAAAAAUAUAGGUGACAGCAGUGAGCCUUAUCAGAGUGGAGACUAUCUGACAAUUAUGAUUGCUAUAGUGGCAGGUGCCUUGGUUGUUAUUGUAGUCAUCUUUGUCACAGUGCUGGUGCGCUGCCGUCAUGCCUCAAGGUUUAAAGCUGCCCAGAGAAAUAAGCAAGGUGCUGAAUGGAUGUCUCCUAAUCAAGAAAACAAGCAGAACAAGAAAAAGAAAAAAAAGAAAAGGAAAUCGCCCAAGAAUUCUCUGCUGAAUUUUGUCACCAUUGAGGAAUCCAAACCUGAUGACCCUGUGCAUGAACCAAUUAAUGGGACGAUAAGUCUCCCUGCUGAACUGGAGGAGCAGGGUAUAGGACGCUUUGACUGGAGCACAGCACCAACAACAACCUUUAAACCCAACAGCCCUGACCUAGCUAGGCAUUAUAAGUCUGCCUCUCCGCAGUCUGCUUUUCAUCUGAAAGCAGACACCCCGGUGUCGGUGAAAAAACACCAUGUUAUUCAGGAGCUCCCUUUGGACAACACCUUUGUCGGGGGUUGUGACACCCUUUCCAAGCGAUCUUCAACUAGUUCAGACCACUUCAGUGCCUCAGAGUGCAGCUCCCAGGGAGGCUUCAAGACAAAGGGCCCCAUGCACACCAGACAGGGAACAUUAACCCACGCCCGAACCGAACUGAAUCCUGAAUAUCUGGACCUCCGAUCCCGAGCAGACCUGAAUUCCGAAUAUUGGACCCCGUGCACACCCCUAUCACAGCGACGUGUUACGUUUCACCUCCCUGAUGGCUCCCAGGAAAGCUGCAGUGACAGUGGUCUAGGGGACCAUGAGCCUGUGGGUGGGGGGAUGCUGAUCUCACACCCUCUUCCUCUGGUUCAGCCACAGGAUGAAUUCUAUGACCAGGCCUCGCCAGACAAGAGGACUGAAGCUGAUGGCAACUCUGAUCCCAACUCUGAUGGCCCCCUUGGUCCCAGAGGACUAGCUGAAGCUACAGAGAUGUGCACCCAAGAGUGUUUGGUACUGGGUCACUCCGAUAACUGCUGGAUGCCUCCUAGCCUGGGAUGUUACCAGCAGCCCAAGUCCCCCCUCUCGUCCUUUGAAACUCCAAAGGAAUGGGCCAAGGACAAAUUGGCGAAUGGGCAUACACUGACCAGAACCUGGAAAGAAGAUGGCAACAGAAACCAAUUUGGUGACAGAAAGCAGUAUGGAAAUGCAGAGGGCUAUUUCAACAACGGCAGCCACAUGGCAGACAUUCCUUUGGCUAACUUGGAGUCUUACAAACAAGCCUCAGUAGCUAAUAGUGCAAAGGAGCAUCAGAUAUAAGAUGUGCUCAAAUGACCAUGCGGUCAAACAGUUGAAGCUUUAGGGGCUUUUGAGGUAGAUUCAAGCUGCUGCUGUGUGAUAGAGAAAUAUGUAACCAGUAGGGCCUAGACCUGUGCUUUAGCAUCAAGUAUAUUCUACUUAAUGUUGACACUUCAGAAGGUAUUUUACACAAUGGCACCAGUUUGUGAUUAUUCAUCUUCGUGAAAUACUUGUAAAACUAUGGACAAACUAUUUUUGAACUAAUAUCUGUGAACUUCAAUUCUGAAGAAAAGGCAGAGUACAAAAAAACAACUGAAGAGAUAUCAUGGUUGAGAAAUAUAUACUAGUAUUGUGAUGUGGUUGUUGUUGAGCUGUUUUGGGACUAUGUCACUUCAUACAAUGAAAAUGCUGUUAACUCUGUUAGUGGACACUUGUUAAGUCUGUCAAUGUUAAAGUGUUUGUAAAUAGGACUAGUACAGACCAAGUUUGUGUACCUGUAAUACUCACUUAACAGAAAACUGCUUCUUGGUUACUUUUUUCUAUUAGUUUGCUUUCUGUUACUAAUAUAGUCUUACUUAACCAUCUCCAUACAUUGAAAAUGCUUGUGAAAAAAAGUUGGUUGAUCUUUGUCACCUAAUUCUAUGCUUAUAAUUGAAACACAGUGCUUGGGACAGGUUUAUUUUUAAAUCUAUUUUUUUUAUAAAAUUAGCUAAAGUAAUUAUUUAUUAGUUCUGUUGGAAAAAAAUUAAAAACAUCCAUUUGCUUAAAUAUUUUUUCCACUAAAAGAAAAAUCAUAACAGCAGCUAAUUUAAAGUGCAUGAGAAAAAAAAAAAAAAAAAAAAAAAACCUGGUUAAUACAAAUACAACUUGUUUCCAUUGAGCUAUUGUGUUGGUUUAUGGUGUAGAUUUUCUUCUUGAAAUGUUACAUCCAGUCAUACGGAAAAACCUACACAAUUUGUGUUUCAGCUCAAGUAACCAUAGGAUUCUUCAUGUGUUGCAUUCAUGUCUUUGUGAUAACCAUGUAUUCUCUUGAUUGGGGUAGGGGAGUGGGCAAAUAUCCAGCUUUUUCAAUUGUUUGUUACCUUAGUAAGUAAAUGCUUGGCAGG